AUGCUUUAUUCGAAAAGACUUGCAACCUGUGCUUUUAGAAUCGCUUCAGGUACUCGAUAUUUUCACCUGGGCCAUGAAUUUGCACCACCUGCGCGAUUUAUAAGUCAUCAUGCCAAAUUUGGACUGGCGUUACUGUCAACAGCGAUUCAGUUGUCUAGUUUUGUGCUUUUAUACCUCAAUGCCGAUAAACUUCGACCACCACCACCCAGAAGACUCAGUGAAGAGGCUAUGGCCGAAAUGGAACGAAAUGCCUCACUGUUUGAAAACGGUACUAUGGCACUCAAACAAUUUUGA